AAAAAUAAUGAGCUUGGUUGUUCCAAAUCAAACCAACUCUUCCGAUUUGGUAAGCUGUUGACCAAUGCGCCGUCCAAUCUGGGCUUCCUCUUCUUCCGCAGCUUGUCGGUCUUCUACGUUUCAAUAUCGAAGCUAAGCAGACUCCAAGAAGCUCGAAAUCUUUUGGGCACCAUCGAAUCGUGUUAGGGUUCCAUCUUUUUUAUAGUCGAUCUCUCUAUCGGAUCUGUACUGCUGGUUUCCAUGGCAAUGGCUUCUGAUUCAAUGACAACAAUCUGCAGCCACUGUGAGAAGGGUAUCCCAACGAUCAACAUUCAAUUGCAUGAUGCUCACUGCUCACGGAAUCUUAAAAAAUGUUCAAUUUGUGGUGAAAUUGUGCCAAUAAAGCUUGCUGACGAACACUUCCAAGAAAGCCAUGCUCCGAUAGAUUGUUCACUGUGCAGUGAAACUAUUGAGCGUGAAGGUUGGUCUAUUCAUCAGGAUGAAAAAUGCCCAAAAAGAAUUGCCACUUGUGAAUUUUGUGAGUUUCCUUUGCCUGCAUCUGAUCUUCUCGAGCAUCAGGAAGUAUGUGGGAACAGAACAGAACUCUGUCAUAAUUGUAACAAGUACAUUAGGCUUCGUCAACUCAUUACGCAUGAAUUUUACUGCCAGGCUCAUUCAAAUGGUGUAACAGAAUCUUCUGGCUCUGGGAAUGAGUCGGUGGUUGACAGUGAAGGUAUUCGGAGGAGGCAAAUAAACAACUCUGAUGGUUCUGUAAGAAGAAAUGAAGAAAAUGAGCCUGGAGAAGAAGCUGGUCGCAGGAGGAGGACACGUGGCUCAUCCAAGAGGAGAAUAAUGUACACGAUUGCCUUCGCAGGGUUUGCAAUGCUCAUAGGAUCUUUUUUCCUAUCAAGAAGAGGCUGAGGCUGAGGCUCAGAAUGAUAAAAAAACAGAAUAUAGUGUGAUGUAUAUCAGUUCCCUUCUAUAUUUCGCUCUCUUAUGAUAAAGCUUUAAAAUGUUAUUUAAAUCUUCAGAUAAUGAAAUAUCAAAUGACAUUUAUAUAUAUUUAAUAGUGGUGAACACAUUUCAUAUUUU